CGGACUAGUUGUCCGGGACCAGUGUCCAUUACUGAUGAGUCGUUUUCAAGUGCCAAAAGAUGAUCACAUGAAUUUAACGCCGCCAAGAUGGAAACUAGCUAUAGGAUCUCAUCAAUUGCUUAACGCGUAUCUCUCGCCAACCAUUCUCAAGAAUAAUAUAUAUCCAUACAUAGAAAAUGAAAUUUACAUAACCAAUUUUUAAAAUCUUCAAAGAAAGACCAAAGAAGACUCAUGGAGAUGACCGAAGCUUCCAAACAGACAACAACUCAUGAACAUGUUCAGAAUCAAGAACCAGACCAAAUCUUGAGUCCAAGAAGAUUGUUGCAGCUAAAGCAAAAGAAAUGGUGGGUCGGUGUUGCGUUAUGUAUGUUCUUAGUGUUACUAGGAGAUUGUCUUGUUAUCCUUCUCUUGAACUUCUUCUAUAUUCAAGACCGUCGAGGAGAUUAUAACAAAGAUCAACAAUACAAAGGAACAUGGAUGCAAGCUCUGAUCCAAAACGCUGCGUUCCCAAUCCUCAUCCCUAUCUUUUUCAUUUUCCCUUCACCAAAACCAAACCAAGAAACCAACAAUACUCGUUUCAUCUCUUUACGUCUCAUCUUGCUUUACUUCUCCCUUGGUGUUCUUGUUGCUGGUCACAGCAAGUUGUACGCACUAGGGAAGCUAUACUCAAACUAUGGCUUCUUCUUGCUGAUUUCCGCGUCCCAAUUGAUCUUUACCUUGAUUUUCACGGCUAUCAUAAACCGUUUCAAGUUUACUAGAUGGAUCAUCAUAUCGAUACUUCUCACUCUUGUGAGCUAUUCUUUUGGUAGUCCUCAAUUUGCAGGAGAGCCUUCUGUAAGGGAAUAUAUCUACACCAUCCAAGCUUGGUUAACGUUCUCUGCUUCGGUUGCUUUCGCGUUAACUCUCUGUUUAGCACAAGUCGGUUUCGAGAAACUGUUGGUGAAGACAAAGAGAUAUGGUAACAAGAAAGUGUUUAGAAUGGUCUUAGAGAUGCAAAUAUGUGUCUCUUUUGUGGCCUCACUUGUUUGUCUUGUGGGUUUGCUUGUAAGUGGUGAGUAUAAGGAGUUAAAAGGCGAUAGCAAGAGGUUUAAGAAAGGGGAAACAUAUUACGUUUUGAGUUUGGUCGGGUUGGCUUUGUCGUGGCAGGUUUGGGCGGUCGGGCUGGUAGGUUUGGUGUUUUAUGUUUCGGGUGUUUUUAGCAAUAUUGUUCAUAUGUGUGCUUCACCACUUAUGGCUUUGAUUGUUGUGUUGGCAUUUGAUUUUAUGGAUGAUGAGUUUAGUUGGCAUAGAAUUGGUGCUCUGAUAGGAAUAGUUUUUGCUUUAGGAUUUUACUUCUACACUUUGCAGAGGAAAAACAAGAAGAAGAUGGUUGAACUUAACCAAAGUGAGAACAUUGUUGAAGUUUAGUCUCUCAUGUGUCAUAUGUAUUUUUGUGUUUUGGAAAAUGUUCUUGUUCUUCUGAUGAAUCUUGUAAGUCAAGGUUGAUGAUAUCUCUUUAUAUAAGAAAAUGCAUUUUGAUUUA